AUCUGAUCAAUACAACAUAAAUAGUCUCUAGCACCAGUUGGUAAAUUUCUUGUUUUUUCACAGUUUCCAUAUGUCAAAUUAUAUUAUCACUAUUCAAUUUUUAACAUGUGAUGUGAUUGCAAGUUUGUUGGGCGUGAAAGUGAAAGUUGAGAAAUUUACAAGGAUUUUUACACCUUGACAAUAAACAGAAGCUUCUGUUCUGCAGUUGAUCAUUGGGCGUCAGUCCUUUUGGCAAUUGAUAUCUAAAUUGAAGGAGUUUAAUUAAUUAGAAUUUCUGCAGUAUUUACUGUUAGAAUCCGUUUAUACUGUUUGAAAACUGUUCAAUGCAAAAAUCUUGAACAAGGAAGUAAGUUACUUCGAGAGGAUUGAGUACCAGAUUAUAGGAUUUAUAGCAAAGCCAGAGAAAAAGAUGGUGACAAUGCUUCGUCCUUCAGAUUAACUGAGAGUGGUCAAUUGAAAUACAAUUUCCAUGUUAAGUCAUUAUGUAAAGUGCCAAUUAAAACUGAACCUCAUUCCAGUGACCGCAAUGCAUGGGAGCAGGACGAGCAAAACAAUAACAUUUGCAAGAUAGUUGACGUGAGAGGGAAUGUAGAUUUUAAGAACAGUUUAAUGAAUAAUAAUAAUAAUGGUGGUGAUAAAGAAAGUCUGACUGGAAGUAGUACUACAACUGAAAACUGGCAAUCGAACAAUGUUUCCCGUCAAUCUGAAAGUAUAAAUAGCACCCGAAAUUCAAUGAUGUUAGCCAGUAGUCCUGCUGGUGUCUUCAAACCCCCAAUGACAGUGGCUGACCAAAGGCUUAUAUCAGCCGGAAUGCCUUAUUCAAUGAUACCAUCUGGUGGACCUGUGUCACCAUACAGUUAUUUUACACAAUAUGGAUAUCCUCCGCGUAACUAUCCACAAGUUGAUUCUUAUUCUUAUUCUGCAGUUCUACAAAGCAUGGGAAGUCAUGCAGCACAAACCCAAAUGCCGUGCAAUACCUAUGGGUCUCAGUACUCCAUGCUGAAUAGCCCACAUCAACGAUCAAUGUCUGUGUCCGCCUCAGGGCAGGGACAGCAUGUGUCAUCUCGACAUAGCCCGGGAGAUACAUCAGAAAGAGAUAUAGACUCUAAUAUAUCACACAAUUAUGGUAAAGAGGAACGUACACAUAGUCUUUCAUCAGUAGAAAUAUCCAGUUCAAAAACUGUAUCUUUCAAAGACCCACCUCCAAGGAGGGAAUUAAUAAACAGUAAAGAUAUAAACUAUAAAGUGCCUAGUGGUAAAGAAGGAAGUUUAAAACAUCGAAUCUUGACCCGCCCAUCAGACAGUACUCCCGAGAGUUCUGUGGUGGAUGUACGUUAUGGUGAACCUUCUGCCAAAAGAACAAGAUAUGAUCCUCUUAAUGUUUCCACAUCAAAUCACCAAGAAGAUAAUGGAUCUUCUGCAAAUUUACAUUUCCCGCCACAUUUUAUGAAGGGUUCUAUAAUACAGCUCACGAAUGGUGAACUGAAACGUGUUGAGGAUCUGCAAACAGCAGAUUUUGUACAUAGUGCUGAAAUAAGUAAUGAUCUCAAAAUUGACUCUAGUUCUGUUGUACGCAUUGAUGAAAAUAACGAGCGAGGGACGGCAGUCCUUGGAUUUGUUGUUGGAGAACACAAAGUUCAGGUGACUGUUGAAGCUUCUGUUGAACAUCCAUUUUUUGUUUUCCAUCAAGGAUGGUCAUCUUGUGAUCCACAACGUACACUCCAACGAUAUGGACUUGAUUGCCAUAAACUCUCUGUUGGCGAUAGAUGUAUAUCGCUGACUCAUAAGGAAGUGGCGGACCGUGCUGCUGAACUUUUACAACAGCAACAACAACUUGGUGAUAAUCCAGCUUAUAGUUUUGGUGAAACUGUCUCGGGCAAUAAAUCAGGGAUAUCAACCCAGGGCUUGGACCUGAACAGGUCUCAACACAGAUAAGAAUUGUCAAGCCUUACAAAUGUUGAUAUUUUGGAUUGAAUAGACCUUUCAUGGUCAUUUUGCAGACCUUAAAAUAUAUAUACUUUUGGCCGUAUAUGGUCAUUAUAUAGACCCUAAAUGCUGUAUGGUUGACCAUAUAUGGUCAUUUUUGUCAGACCUUAAAAACUGUUACUGGCCUAUUUGGUCACAAUGUAGACCUUAAAACUAUAUCAGAAUAUGAAUCUCUGAAUGUCGAAAUAUAUUUUUAACAUGAUUAAGACAUAUAUGCUGAUUCAUUUUUAAUAUACGACCCCUUUGCAGGGAAAAAAUAGUAUAACUAGUAUUAACAUAGGUCUUAUGGAUAUAAUUUUUAUACAUAAUGUAUAAUAAUCAACAUUUCUAAACACAUUGGUUCAUUGUUAUCUUCUGUUAUAAAGAUACAAGUCUUAUAUAAAUGCACACAUUUGCACAAAAUGGCUGUCAUUCGCUGCAUCUUGGUUUAGUCAGAUCUGCAUAUAGUAUAAUUUUGAUUUGAUUGAAUUUCUAACACUGCAAUCUUUCAUAGUUUCCAUUUUUACAUGUAUUUAAACAAUUUAUGACAUAGCUGCCAUACUUGUCAGAAUUUCUUAAACAAAUCUUUUAUUAUAUUUCACAGGAGGUUAGAUAGGAAAGGAAGAUUUGAAAUUUUAUCAUCAGAUUUCGUCAAAGCAUGUGCAUUCAAAUCAAACUUUCUAAAGAUAAUGUUACAUCAGACAAUUUAAUUAUCAAAAAUUGUAGAAACCCUGAAACCAAAAAAAUCAAAAUACUUUGUUAAAAUAAUUAACAGUUAUUGAAAUUGAAAUGCCUUUUCAGAAAAUUAUAAAAUACAGUGCCUUAGACAGUGUUAAGAUAUUUUCCAUUCAAAAUUUUAUUUUUCCUUAAUUGUAACUUUGCUGCUUUUGGAUUUGAAAUAUUCAGGAUAUGUUCACAUAGAUGAUAUUUGUGGGUUUUUUCUUUAUUUUAAAAUAUUAAAGGGAAUUACAUGUACACAUUCUGUAUGGUUCGAUGAUGGAAGAUAAGAUCUGUGUGAAAAGUGGGACUUUUGAUUUCUAAUUAGUAACAUUUUUUAAUGAUUUGAAAAAAAUUGAACAAAUAAGUUUUAUUAUUUGGUGAAUUUCAAUUUCGGUUCCUUUAAAGGCUUUCUUUUCUACAUGUACAAUCUAAGCAACAGAUAGAAUAAACUUGGCUUAAAAUAAAAUUUAAUGAAUUCAAAUUCAUAGCCACAUUAACUUUCAAUUUACUUAUGGGUAGAAAGAAAUAAGGACAUAUGAGACACAGCUACUCAAAACAGCUCAAGUUUACCAGCAGACAUGUACAAGUAACUGUAGAGCCAGCAGACUUGUACAAGUA